GCAUAUUCAUAGAGGAGGUGAAUGCGUAUGAAAGCGCGCCCUCGUCGAGGAGGGUGGAGUGGAGGGAAGGCUGUGAAAAGCUCCAGGUCUCGUCCUAAACUGGAUUCAGUCGCACCCAAGACAGCAGCAGCAGCAGCAGGUUACGGCUAAACAGAGAAGGAAAUGAGUUCAGGAAUAAAAGACCCUCCACCCUACGUCAUACCGGUGGAUGACCAAGGGGACAACGUGAAGGUGUACAAGGUGCACACGCCGUUCAACCCACAGUCCACUUCCGUCAAUCCAGAUUACAGAGUGCAGACCCAAGCCACGACAGUUCACACGACGUCCACUGACAGGAACAAGUUUGUGAGUUAUGAAUCGGAGCUCGGACGCUCUCCCGGCAUGGUCACCUGCACCAGCUGCCGAGAGCAAGUGCUCACCCAGGUCACCUAUAAAGUGGGAAUGUACGCCUGGCUCAUGUGCCUCCUCUUCAUCCUGUGCGGGUUCGUGAUUGGCUGCUGCCUCCUGCCGUUCUGCCUCAAGUUCUUCAAAGAUGUCUACCACUCCUGCCCCAAGUGUCAUCGUAUUCUGCACGUGGAGAAGAAGCGAUGUUGCUGACCCCGGCCAAACUCCUCACAGCUAACGCUCACGCCACAGCUGCAGAAAACAAACCCACAAACCACAACACGCCUACCACCACCAUCUAGUCGACGUGAUCAUGUAUGAACAUGAGAUUAGCUGAUGGACACUACGGCACACUUUAGAACCCUUACCAUGUAUUAUUAUCAUCAUUAUGCUAUUUUUGUAAUAUGUUACUGCAAUACACAACCUCGGCAUUUUGAGGGACCCGUCGCUUUUUCCUUGCUUCAGACAUCUGCAAGUUAGGACGCGUUUGAUUUGCAUGAUCUUCUGAAGUUCUUUUCCUGAUCUACAAGUUCCAUGCGUCUGCGUUUUUUGCUCUCUUUUCAGGUGUUCAGUGUUCUUGUUUGAGCAAAAACGUAUCCCGGACGCUAGUGUUCGACAGAGAAAGCCAUCAAAAUUGUCGACAGUGUCAUGAUUAAGAGUCACAAAAAAUAAAACAUCAUAUCUUUGCCAUUUUCUAACCUAUUUAGCAACCUAAAGAGGUCAUUUGAAAUCAUAUAUAUAUUCAUUUUUCACAGGUUUUGUUAGCAAACAUGAGCUAACCUGACAAGCUUGCUAUAGCAUGUCUAUAAAUGUAAUUAUUCUUUGCUGCUAAUGCUAACCAGUUAGCUUACAUGUGCUAUCCUGACAGGAUUUCUGGGAAGUUAUGCUCAUAAAUGUUCAUGUUCAUUAAAGAUGCUAGCCUAAAUAAGCUAGCUUGACAGGAUUCUAAGAGGAUUUUUAAAUCAUAUUCAUCAUUAUUAUUCACUGCUAAUGACAGUUAGCCUGCUAACAUGAGAAAACCUGACAAGAUUUUUCUGAUUGGAUUUAUUUUUUAAUUCUUGCUAAUUAGCUAACUUGAGCUAACGACAGGAUUUCUGAUAGAAUUUUUAAAGCAAAUUGAUCAGUAUCAUUAUUCUUCACUGCUAAUGCUUGCAAGCUAGCUACCUAACAAGAAAAAUAUUUCUGAGAAGAUUUUUAAGUCAUAAAAAUUCAUUAUCUUCAUUGAACAUGCUAGCCAGCUAGCAUACAUGAGCUAACCUGACUGGAUUUUGAGUCAAAUUCUGCUAAUGCUUGUGAGCUAGCUAGCUAGCUAACAUGAGCUAACCUGACAGAACUUCUGAGAGGAUUUUUUUAAAGCAAAUUCCUAAAUAAUGUUAUUGUUUACUGCUAAUGCUUGCUAGCUAGCUAACAUGAGCUAACCUGACAGAACUUCUGAGAGGAUUUUUUACAGCAAAUUCCUAAAUAUCGUUAUUGUUUUUGCUAAUGCUUGCUAGCUAGCUAACCUGAGCUAACCUGACAGAACUUCUGAGAGGAUUUUUACAGCACAUUUAUAAAGAUAAAUUUUUAUUAGAAAGAAACACCACAUACAUUCCUAAAUAAUGACUUUUCUUAAAAUGGCUGAUGUUAUUACGUUGAUGCUAAUUAGGCAUGAGCUCUAGCGUUUGGGACGAAGCCGUGGACUGGACUGAAAAACGCUGAUCUACUCCAGAGGGUUUAAGUUCCUCUGGACUUCAUGCACUCGAACACAAAUCACCUGAACAGAUGAAUCCGGUGUUUUAUAUGAAGGAAAUAAAUGUGUAGUGUCUACAGUGCUGAGGAAGGCAACUGAGAACUACUCACACCAUAACUGUUAUUAUUAUAAUAUAUUACUGAAUUUCAGGAUUUCUCACAGAAAAUGGGGUGUGGAUAUUAUCGGGGCGUCGGGCUCUGCAAGUGUUAUAUAAAUGAUUUUGAUCAUGCGAAAUAGUAAACUGCUUUUGAUAUAUUUCUGUAUUAUGAGGCAAUAAGGCACCAAGGUACCGGUACCAUCAGGUUCUCAGGUUCUCCAUCAGACACAAAUUUAGCCCUGGCGUUCAAAACUAGUAAAUUAGACUUCAUUAAAAUAAAAAAAUAAAUAAAAAUCCAUAGGAAACCCUUGUGCUUUGUACAUAAUUCUCCAUAAAUCUGAAUAAUUUUUGAAUGUAUAUUUUUAUUGCAGUGUAGAGCUCUGCUACAAUGAUGUGCAAGUCACUGGAAUUGAGUAUCUCUGCCUUAUCAUUAAAAAAAAUCAUUUUAUGAACUGAA